CUGCCAUGCUUUAGGCCAUUACAGUUGACGAAAAAAGAAGAGCUGCAACGCCAAAACUUGCAAGUUACACAGCAGCGUUUUGAGCCAUGGCUGACAAAGAUCCCUCCCCCGCCGAAGAGGCUGCCGCGCGCAAGAAGGAAGCCGAGGAGCAGGCCGCACUGCCUUACAAAUGGAGCCAGACCAUCGGCGAGCUGGACCUGUCCUUCAACGUGCCCGGAAAUUAUAAAUCAAGGGAUCUCGUCGUCGAUAUCAAGAAGCUGUCCAUCGUUGCGGGUGUCAAGGGACAAGAGCCUAUCAUCAAGGGCGACCUCCCCCAUGCGAUCCGCGUUGACGAUUCGACUUGGACUCUGUCCACCAACUCCGACGGCACCAAGGUUGUCGAGAUCCACCUUGACAAGGUCAACAAGAUGGAAUGGUGGCCACACGUCGUUACCAGCGCGCCCACCAUCGACGUCACCAAGAUCCAGCCCGAAAACUCAAAGCUCUCUGACCUCGACGGCGAGACCAGGGGCAUGGUUGAGAAGAUGAUGUUCGAUCAGCGACAGAAGGAGCAAGGCCUACCCACAUCAGACGAACAGAAGAAAAUGGAUAUCCUCAAGAAGUUCCAGGAGCAGCAUCCAGAGAUGGACUUCAGCAAGGCCAAGAUCCAGUAAGAAAACACCGAGGGAGGGUAUUGUACGAAGGAAAAGAAAAAAAGAAAAAAAACAAUAAAACAAUAAUGAAUAAAUGAUUGCAUAAAAAUGAGGGGUAUCAUCGUGAUUCAAGUGCUAUGGCAGCCCGCUCUAAGAAUGAGUUGAAGUCUCUGACCUGUCUGAGAAUGCCGCCUGUAAAGCUGGACGAGCUGGCCUGCUCCGAUAUGCGAGACACAAGAAGCUCGAGAUUGGCCAACUCGGCCUCCUUUUGUGCCGCGCGUGAAAGCUCUGGUGCUUCCCUGCCUUGUUCUACGGCAAGGUCUACAUCAUGCAUGAGAGAGGAUGCAUCUAGACAAUACUACAAAGCAUAUAUUUGUUAGCAUAUAUAUUGGCCUUGCAUAAGACUUC